GGUUAGGAACUGAGAGGGAAAAAGGGGGCUUCUGCUGCACCAUCUGGGGGUGCAGGAGCAGAAAGUGAUGACUUUAGUGAGAUAUUAUUAUAAUCACAAGAUGGGAAAUAGCAGUGAGUUGAACAUGGACAGAUGUUUAUUCUCCUCUAUUCUACUUUGUUCUACGUGCCAACUCAAAUUGUGUUAAACAUUUUAUAUUCUCACUUGCCUGAAGAAAACAACGGGUAGCACUUUUGGUCAUCUAUGUCUAUAGUGCGUUAAAAGCAUACUUAUGAUCUGCUUAGAAAACAGCAGGAUUCAAGUUAUGACCUCAUCAAUGCCAUUCAUUCAUAAUGCUUUCUAACAACAAUCAGACGCUUCUCAAAGUUCACGUUAUAUAACUUUAGUUCACACGACGGUGUGUGUAAAAAUGACAAAACAAGUUUUAAAAAUUCUUUUAGGAAUAAACAGAAGUUAAUAAACUGUUUUUUCUUGUUGUUUUUCCCCAGAAGGGACACUUGCAGUCAAAUAAUAAAUCACCAUUAUCUUUCUGCUCGGUCAUCAUUGCACCAACACAUGUGAUGGGGUGUGUGUUUGUUUCCGUCAGUGUGUACGUCUGCAUGUACGUGUGAACGAAAGCAGCUGCAGAGCUGAUACGGAUGAGCAAAUAGCUGCACACACAUUAGCUGCUCAUUUACAGACAUAAGGAGGGAGCACAGGUGGGCUCAAGCGUGUGUGGGAGCGCGUGUAUCUGCUCGCCGUCCCCGAUAUGUGAACUUAGGAAACUGUCAUUUUAACACAUUCUCACUCCUAACUUAUCUCAGGGGCUGAAUAGCUGUUUGUUUCGUGUCUGUGAGACGUGCGAAACAGAUUUGUUAAUUAGUCCAGAGCUGCUCCCACUGAGAAUGAGGAUUCUUCAUUUAGCAGCUCACGUGGCUUGAAAUGACGCUCAACAACCGCUUUUUAAUUGCGUUUCACUGUGACUAAUUAAACUGUUCAGACUGCUAAUAGACGAGCAACAUCUGGGAGUCGGGGCGUUGAAAAGAAGCGAAGGCCCACUAGAGGCUACGGCAUGCGGACAGAAGGUAGGGCCAAACUACAAGGAGAGAAGGUGUAAAGUCAAGGGGCAAAGGGAGGAGGUUGGGGGGGUUGUAAAUUAGGGAAAUGAAAUCUCAUCUUCAGUGUGGGACGACAUACGUCAGGAAGUGACAGCCCCGCCUCUCAGCCUGUCAGUCCCUUCUCAGUCAAAACAACCAAUUAAAGCAAAGCUAAUCCCCCGUUAGCCCCUGGAUAGCCUCUGCGAGACAAGCCGGUCCCUCACGCACACGCACACGUGUGUUUCAGCAAAUUUGAGUCAUUGUAGAGGACACGUGUCCCCAAUGUUGCUCAUUGCCUCUUUUAUCCAAAUUGCUUUAAAGCCGUAAAUCACUUGGUCAUUUCGGUGCUGCACACACUCGCUUGUGUGCAGGCCGCUGCAGCAACGACUACACGCGAGGAUUGUUAGAAAGCCUGUGACACACAUUGUGUGAGCUGCAAGCUUCUUCCAUUUUGUUCAAUUGCUUUCACUUCAAGAAUGUAGGUCAAUUUUUAUUUCAAAUACCCAGGCAACCAAGAGGAGAGGGAGAGGUAAGACAAGGGGGACGGGUGGAGGUGACGUGGCGAUAAAGAAAUGUGCGUUUUUCCCCUUCAUCGUCUCACCCUAACCCUCGCGCACACACCAGCGGAUCUGAUUAAAUCCCACAAACAUUGAUUGGUGGGAGGGUCCAUUGACCGCGGAGCUAAUUGAACUGUCUCAACUCGGCCAGGUUGGAGUGUCACGGGGAGAAUGACGAGGACUCGUCAAAUGAGCUGCAGUAAUAGCCACAGAACUGAAUUGUGCUCCGUUUGCCAUGUUUCUGUACGUGCCCAUCCUCUUCGUCAUUGGUCGAUUUUUUUGGCACUUUGGUCCAGACUGAAAUAUCUCACGAGACAUUUCAUGUUGAGAUAUUCAGAAGAUGAAUUCUACAGACCUCUGGCCCACGAGCAGUUGCAUUUUUGUGUUUCUGUCUUCACGACUGUUGGGUGGCUUGCCUUAGUAAAUUUGAUUGUAAUAGUGUUGAUGAUAUCCCGUGUCAACAUCCAGUCGCAGGCAAUCGUAUCCAUUGCAGACGGCUCACUGUGGCAACAUCCACACGUUGCCAUCAACAGCUAAGUGCUCUCCGGGGCACUUAGCUGUCGACGAGUCCUGCCUGAUUGUAACAUUGGGAUAACAAUCAAUCAUUUUUAAUGUGUUUCUAUUUGCUCACAUUUAUUUGCAUUUGUAUAUUCCAGCGUUAUUAUUUAGAACAUCUGCUGUGGGGAUUUGAGAUUAACACUCACCAUUUCCCCUGACUGGAUGUGGCAGAUGCUGAUGCUUAGUACACGUUAAGGUUGGGAAUUUCUAGUGAAUAAGGCACAGGAGUUGCUUUCAAGCAAAUCAUACACGGUAUACAUAUAUUUUAUGGACUAAAGAAAAGAGUUUUUAUCCCGCUACGGAAAAGAACCGCUGCGAACAAACCCUCAUUUAUUUGCGUUGAAGGAAGAGCGUAUUUGGGUAAUGGGUAUUUUGGGAGCCUGACCCUGCAGAGCCGUCUGGGUGUCCCACAGAGCAACAGAUGUUUAACUACUCCCUGCAGCCAGCGCUCCGCCGCCCCGUCACUGCCCCUGUCUUUGUGUGUUAACCAGCUCUACGUGUGUCCGUCUCCUCCUCUCAUUCACAGACCUCCGUUUAGCACUAAUUGGCUAUGUGGCUCCUCUCCUCCCCUCUUUCGAUUCUACGCCGAAGCCCGAUCUCAUUGUACUGUCAUGUCACUGUUUACCGUGCUAAGUAAUAAUCACCAAUCUCAGGCUCUCCUCCUCCUCCUCCUCCUCCCUGCCCUCCCCUGCCUCCUCCUCUCCUCCUCCUCCUCCUCCGCUCCUCCCUCUUGUCCUCCUCAUUAUGGCCGCGGCCUCGGGUUGUGACGGCCGUCAUAAAUCAACUCAUUUUGAAACCACGUUGAACCUUGCAACCCUGAACACCCACCACUGCUCGACCAGGAAAUGUUCUAUUCCCCCGCGGCCCAUUAGGCCAAUCGGAGCACAACUGGAGCAUGACAAUGGAUAGAACAAUAGCAACCGAACUCAGAUAUGAGACUAGGAACCACAAAGGGAUACAGACAGCGGGGGGGACCAGCGGGCUUUAUGAUGCUCAAUAAGUUGGGGACUUUCCUCUCCUGGGAUACCUAUUCAUCUUUUACGUUACUGUCAUUGAGGGUGACUAUGAUGGGUAAAUAUCACAUUUUGAAUUACGUUGGGGAAAAUUCUUCUCUCAGUAAAGGAGUUGACUCCAUUUACGUUUCGGUUGGCUGAGGAGGUCGUGUGAGCAGUGAGAGCUCAUGUUCCAACACUAUAAAAGUCUCUUUGGCCUCAAAUUCAUUAAAACAAACUCUUACGAUCGCAUCUAUGGUUUCAAACACUUUGGAUUUGGCCUCCACCGUGCACCACCAUGCAGGGAAGGCGUAACCUUUCUGCUGCGGAGGCCGGACGGAGGCGCCCACUGGCUUAACCUCUCUUUCAUUUGUGUAUGAAUAGAAGCAACAUGAAUGGUUCUUUGCAGCUACGGCCAGAGAGGAGCUUUGAGUAGCGGCUCUGUGUCUCCCAGACUUGCUCUUGUCUGUUUUGAAUCUGUGGUUUGCAUUGUUGCUGUUGUCCGUGUGUGUGUGUGUGUGUGUGUGUGUGAACGUGCCUGUGCAUGCAAAUAUGUUUGUGUGUUCUUUCAUCUUCAGAAAGAAUUUGGAGAAUAGAACCAAAAUGAAAUCAAUGCAAAAGAAUAGAGAGAGGCCUAAACUUUGUUAAUACUUUCUGUAAGAGAGAUCAAAUAAAUCGAGAUGAGGAAUAAAACGCAAACUGUAAAUCAAAGAUCUACUUUUUAAAUCAAAGAAUUUAAUAUACUAAAUAAUGAAAUAAAUGUUGUUUUCAUAUAAACAUGCAUGGACAGCGAUAGCAAACAUUUAGAAUACAAAUAACCUUGAUUAUCUAUUCCUUAAUAGAUCAACCUAUACGAAUGGUCUACAAAGACUCUUUUGUUAGGAAUUAUUAACACGUAAUGACCAUUAGUCCCAAUUCCAAUCUAUUAUCAAACAUUUUACCUCUGAGUGGUGUGAAAUAUAAAAUGCGAUGUCCUUGGAACCGUAUCUGUGAUUGGAUACACAUGCUAGUAUAUCAAUAUAUAUUGUGCAAACUUUGUUAAAUGGUCAGUUAUACUGUCCCUUAUCUACAGUAAUGAAGAAGAGAUCACAGAGAAUUCAAUAUUUUAUAGGCGUCGUUUACAAGCUCAGUUCCGUCCAGGAACUUCACACAUUAACGUGACCUGACUAUGAAGGGCGUAGAAACCAACGGCCUAAAAUCGCUAAACAAUACGACAUCUGUCAUGACAGAAAUAAUGUCAUGUAGAAUAUGACGCAAUCAAAUUACUUCCUCUUAUUAAUAAAAAGAAGGGAGAUUAAAAAUAACCGGUAGUAAUGUGGGUUUAAGUUGCUAUAUGGACUUUAUGGACUCAACAUGACUUUCAACAGACUGAUAUUCUUGGUUAUUUAUUCUCCCAGAUUUAAACAAUUGUUUAUGUCCACAGCAGCAUGAUCACUAGACCGAUACAUGACGAGCAUGUGCAAAAUGUCCACUACGACCACUUUCUCGCAGCUCUGCUUUGGACUGUUUGGGUCUACCUGUGGUCCGUGUGUGUCCACCAGACUCUUAGUAAUGAUUGAUGGUGGAAAACGUUAACUAUUAACCUGUUUCUCCCGACAGAGAUGUCUUUAAACAUGAAACAUCAAAGCCUCUUCAUGUGUGUCUUAUGCGUCAAAUAAGGAAGUAAUAAGAAGCUUUUUCCCCUGCAAGUUCAUUAAGUCAUAUCUUCACCCGCUGCUCUUACUAACAAAAUAAAAGCCCUUGUAUUUGUUAACUUGGGGAACAAUAAUACCGCUUAAAAGUAAUGUCUGAAAUCUGUCAUGUGUUAAUGCUCAACAGUCAAUCAUUCGCCUUGGUUAAACAACAUAAACCCGUCACUCAAAUGUCAUUAAGUUGAAAUGCUGUGUAACUUAGCAGGUGUUGGUCUGUUCUUUGAAGUGAUAGCGGUUGGUUUUCCCAGGCUGUCUCUUAUCAGUCCAACAUAAACCAGAAGGAAAUCCACGCAUGUCAAACUGCGGCACAGGUGUUGCUCCAUAUCAGGUAGCAUCUAGCUGUAAGUUGACAAUAAGAGGAUCAUUUGCAGUAUGUAAGUAUGCACUUAUCUUACUAACCUUUGUGAGAAACCCCACAUAUCAUGAGGUGCAUAGGGACGGAGUCAGCGGCAGACAGCUGUUACAGGACUUUGUCUCACCUGUCGGUAAUUUGUGUUUGGCUCUGCGGACUCUCUCUCUCUCUCUCUCUCUCUCGUCACUUUACUGCCCCUUUAUCUGCUUCAUGGUGUGGUGAUGACCAUAAUCAAGACAUCAGCCGCUGAUAAGGGCUGCUGGGUUUCUGGUCAGGCAAUAAAAUCUAAUGAAGACUGAGUUGUAAAAAGAUGAAUUACGUCAUUUGGUAACACAAUGGUAAUCAACCCGCAAUAUAGGUUUUCAAGUGUGUCUGAAGUUACACCUCAAUCACACACGGGACAGGUAGGAUAUUUGAGGUCAGACUGCCAGACGGAUAACAGACAGACUGAAGGAUAAAAAAAAGUAAUUCUCAUGUACCCUUCUAUAAUAUCCUUGGGCAUGCGUAUAAUAAUAGGAUGGCAUAUGUGUGCAUAGAACCCAACGCCGAGGAGCGCACCAAUGGCUUCCAUUAACCCUUUAUAUGAAAUAGCACACUCUGCCCUUUCAGGUCUCUGGCCAAUCACGACGCGGCAGACUUUAUAGCGCAGUUGGGUGGAAGUGGUUCCUCAGCUCACUGCUGGAGUGAGCCAAGCGCUUCAGUUACGCACACGCUGCAGAGGAGUGGGUCAGAAGAAAAAGUAGCAAGAAUAGAGCACUUUCCGAGACAAAUUAGCCACUCUCUUCUUUUCCAAGUUUGUGAAGUGAAAAAGUUCCCAAAAAUGACGACCAGCGUGGAGAAAUCUAAAAACUUUUGCAUUGACGCGCUGCUGGCGCACGACGCGGAGCAGAGGACCGACAGUGAUGGCGCGUCCCCGGGGUUGUAUUACCGCGGAAGCCCCGGUGGCAGUCCGGUGUCCACCCACGGCUCAGAGACGCCCUCCCCUCAUCAGAACCAAACGAACUCCUCUCGAGCCCCGCCAGGGGUCCUCUCCAAGUCGCAGCUCUUCUGCUUGUCGCAGUCAGCCUUCGGCGCUUUGCACCAAGGUGGUCUCCUCGGAAUGCACCCGGCCUCCUUGUAUCCUCUGGCGGCCCUGGGAGGCCACCACCCGGCGAAUUACGUCUACCCCGGUUUCAUGCAGCUGGUCCAACCGUACCCGCAGCAGCUGAAAGGCGCCAGGACCACGACGCACCCGCUGGAGCCUUGGAUCAGAGCCGGCAUGAUGAUGCCCGGACUGGGCGAGUGUGGAGUACCGGCACAGGAAGGUUUGUUGGGGAAGUGUCGCAGGCCCAGGACAGCUUUCACCAGUCAGCAGCUACUGGAAUUAGAAAACCAAUUCAAGCUCAACAAGUACCUGUCCCGGCCCAAACGCUUUGAGGUGGCCACUUCACUCAUGCUGAGUGAGACUCAGGUUAAGAUCUGGUUCCAGAACAGACGUAUGAAGUGGAAGAGAAGUCGCAAAGUCAAGGACCAAGCAGCUUCACUGACUGACAAUGAAAGAGCUGCAACGGAUAUUCACAGCCCCAAGCCGCAUAGUGAUUCACACAGCUCCAGCCUGGAGGACGAGGAGGAAAUAGAAGGGGAUGAGGAGGAUGAAAAGGAGGAGAUUGAAGUACUAAGGGCAGGCUCCUUGGGCCCCGUAGGUUUCAUGGGGCAUGCUGGAGGAGGAACAGGGAACUACAGCUCUUACUCUGCGGAGGAACUGGCGGAGGGAGGCUCACAAACAAGAAGUGGGGUUUUUGCAUAGUUGUAAAGCUCAGAAUGCUUUUAUUGUACUUUGUUUUAUGUUUAUUACUGUUGACACUAUAUAAUCAAUCAGGUGCAAAAAUAUGGUGGCAUUUAUUUUUCCCAUGCACAACAUGUUCUGUACAUGGAGCACAGGUAACAUCAACCCGUAAAAACGCCAUGUGUUUGGGAAUUUAAAUGCGUAAUGAUCAUCCAUCUGAGUCAUGACAUUAGACUCAGCCAAUAAGUCUGAAUUAUAAUGUUUUUAUGUGCAUAAUUUACUUUACUUUUAGAUGAUUUAAACAGUUUGAACAUUCUGAAAGUUUGCGUUUCUUAACUGUCAUUUGCAAUUAACUAAUUAGUCUAAAAAUGUAUGUGUACUUAAACUGCGUAAAUGGGGGUGAUGAUAGCACUUUCAUAGUAGUGAAUGAAGAGACUGCAAACAUAAAUUUGAGACUUGUGUUGUGAAGAGUGUCAGUGUUACAUUGGUGUCAGGUCUGUUACAAACGCUGGACAAAUAUUUCACCAAUAUUUGAAUUUUUCUAUUUCUAUUAUAACAGGACAAAGAAUGGAUCCAUGUCCACCAAAGUCAAUUUUUUUGGCCUUAGGUUUGGCUCUCUGAUAAUGAAAUGUUGUAAAAUAUUCAACCUUUUGUUUUGUAUUAUCAUUAAAGAAUAUAUGUUAUAUUUAGGUAAAGCCCCACACACACACAAGACAUGGCUGCAUGUAUGUUUUUUUUUAUUUCUCAUGUGAAGCGUGUUAUGUUGUCAAUAUAUAAUUUAACAUGAUAGAAUUUAAUAUAUUUUACUCUACAAGGGACACUUGUGUUUUUGUGGCAAUGAAUAGUUUGCAAAAUAAAGCUGUAUUCAAGUG